GUCCGCUCGCAUCCAUCAGCACGAGCCGUUUCAUCGCGCUUAUUCCAAGCGGUUAUAUAGGCGGCGCGCACCGGAGACAUGGCCAAAGAGGACGAGAAGAAGGAAACCGGGGAAUGGAAGGAAUUCUUCUGGAACCCGCGGACGCACGAGCUGCUCGGUAGGACGGCGAGCAGCUGGGGUCUGAUUCUGUUGUUCUAUCUGAUCUUCUACACAUUUCUGGCUGGCAUGUUCUGUCUCACCAUGUAUGUGAUGCUGCUGACACUGGAUGAUUAUCAGCCCACUUGGCAGGACCGUCUGGCUACACCAGGCAUGAUGAUUCGGCCAAAAACGGAUCUACUAGAAAUCGUUUAUAAUGUGGAGAAAACAGAGAGCUGGGACUCGUACGUUCAGGCUCUGGACAACUUUCUUGCACCCUAUAACGACUCUCAGCAGGUGAUGAAGAACGACGCCUGCGUCCCGGAUCAGUACUUCACCCAGGAGGACAGCGGAGAGGUGCGCAACAACCCCAAACGCUCCUGCCAGUUCAACCGCACCGUGCUGGAAGACUGUUCCGGACUCAGCGACCACACAUACGGAUACCAGGACGGAAAACCCUGCGUGCUCAUCAAACUCAACCGGGUGAUUGGGCUGCUGCCAGGUGAGAAAGGAAGGUCUCCGUAUGUCACCUGUCGAGCAAGGAAGGAAGAUUCGGAGAGUAUUGGUACAAUCGCAUACUUCCCUCCAAAUGGAUCCUUCAACCUCAUGUACUAUCCAUACUACGGCAAGAGAGCACAGGUGAAUUAUUCUCAGCCCCUGGUGGCUGUGAAGUUCAUGAACAUCUCUCUCAACACGGAUGUCAACGUGGAGUGUACGAUCAACUCCAACUCUAACACCAUUCAGUUCAAGAUCAGCGAAAGAGACAAGUUCGCUGGCCGCGUGAUCUUCAAGCUGCGCAUCAACAAAGCGUAGAGCAACUGCAUCUGCCACACACACACACACACACACAGGAGAUUGUAGGAGUCAUUCAUAUCUCAAAGUGUUCGAUGUAUUUGUCCGUCCCCAUUCUCCUGUCUACAUGACGGUCUCUGUGUGCGUGUGCGUGUGUGUGUGUGUAUGUGUCUUUGUAUCUCUGUGUGUUUUGAGUACUCUUGACUGUCGUUCACAAAACAUCAUCACAAUAAUCAUCACAAAACAAUCCAGUGAAUUCAGACGGACCACAAUCAUCCAAAACCUGCCAAGAAAUAAUAUUUCAGAUGAAGAAAACAUGCUUAACUUUUGUCCCAAAUAUAGGAAAACAACAUCAUGAUGUGAAAAAUAUAAAAUAGGCUUCUUUUUCUGUAUGCAAAAUAUAAUUUCUUACCUUUUUCUUUUGAUGUCGAGCCAAAAUGUGACCUGGAUUCACUCGUUUAGUCUAUAUAAUGGCUUUUCUUUAACUGAGUGUAUAAUAAAUAACACAAAUGAGGUCAAAUCUGGUUUAGGAAAUGUGCAUAUAUGAUGAAUUAACAAAGUAGAGGCAUAAAAAUCAUUACAGACUUGAAUCAUAUCUGUCACAUAUCGCUCUCUUAACCUGAUAUCUGUUUUAUCCGUUUGUUCAUUUAUUUAUUUCUGAAUUAAGGUACAUUUAUAAUGUUAUUUAUUUAUUUAUUAUCUG